AUGGAAAUAACGGGUACACAUAGAGUCACAGAGUUGCAUGAGCUUGAAGAGUUCCGUUACCAUGUUUUUGAGAGUACAAGGCUAUAUAAGGAGAGAAUGAAGAUGAUGCAUGACAAAAAUAUUCUUGAACGAGAUUUUAAACCUGGAGACAUGGUAUUGCAAUACAAUUCAAGAUUGAAGUUGUUUCCGAGCAAGUUGAAGUCUAGAUGGUUGGAACAAUUCAGAGUAGUGUAUGUGCUAUCAAAUAGGGCUGUAGAAAUUGAGUCCGAGGAUGGGACGAAUAGGUUUAGAGUCAAUGGGCAAAGGUUGAAACACUACCCAGGAAUGAGUGACGAAAAAGGAUAG